CCGGGUUACAGACAUGAACCUUGCGGAACCACUGAAACGAGAAUAUCCAAGAUGGGGCGCUUUGUGACGGACGACUCACCGAAAACAUCGCGAGAAUUUGGACACGUCAAAAACACGGAUAAAAACUGCAAUAUGACAGGGGACCAUAAUACAUUGGGCCUACCCAGACCUCCAGGAGGGCCGCAUUAUCCAGAAGAUGGUCAGGGUCUGGCUAUGGAGCCCCUACGUGACAACAGCACCCCCAGACACAACAUCCUCCACCCAUCUCACGGGGAUUGUGAAAGCUGGCAGACGCAUCGGACCGGGCCGGCUGGAGGAUCGAGCCUGCGUUCUGGCUCGCCUUCCCUCCUUGAGCCCCACAGUCUCUCGAGCAGCCGCAACAGCCUCUACCUCUCCCACGUGGCGGGCCACAGUCCGCUUCCGCACCAAAACAGAACCGGCCUCACCCUGGAUGUGACCUCCUCUUUUGAUAUUGGCGGUAGCAUGCUGGUGAUUGAUGGAGAUUUGCCAAUUAGCCCCAACGUGAUCAAGAGACGUCGGGGGGGCCUGAUCGAGCAGAAGGAUAUAGUGAAGGCCCACCAGGCCCAUAAGAUCCACAGCACACCACAGGCACGUCGCAAGGAAUGGGAAAUGGCCCGCUUCGGAGACGACGUUCCGGUCUUGUUGAGCACCGGCGACGGCGGCUCGGAGCGCAACAGGAGCCGCGAUGGAGCGGCCGCGUCCACGGGCGGCGUGUCCCCCGCAGCCUUCAAGCAGACCAAAGCGCAGCGUGCCCGCACCAUGGCCUUGUACAACCCCAUCCCCGUCCGGGAGAACUGCUUCACCGUCAACAGGUCUCUGUUCAUUCUUGGGGAGGACAACGUGGUCCGCAAGUACGCCAAGAAAAUCAUUGAGUGGCCUCCGUUUGAGUACAUGAUCCUCACAACCAUCAUCGCCAACUGUAUCGUUCUGGCUCUGGAGCAGCACCUGCCUGGAGAGGACAAGACGCCGAUGUCAAAGAGACUGGAGAAGACCGAGCCCUACUUCAUCGGGAUGUUCUGUUUGGAGGCGGGAAUAAAGAUCAUUGCCCUUGGCUUCGUAUUUCAUAAAGGCUCCUACCUCAGGAAUGGGUGGAACGUCAUGGAUUUCAUUGUGGUGCUCAGUGGGAUUCUGGCUGCAGCGGGCGCUCAUUUGAACAUCUCGGUGGACCUGAGAACUCUGAGGGCAGUACGAGUGCUGCGACCACUAAAACUGGUUUCGGGCAUCCCGAGUCUGCAGAUAGUUCUGAAGUCUAUCAUGAAGGCCAUGGUUCCACUGCUCCAGAUUGGCCUGCUGCUCUUUUUUGCGAUCCUCAUGUUCGCCAUCAUCGGCUUGGAGUUUUACAGCGGCAAACUGCACCACAACUGCACGCCACAGCCAGGAAUACUCGAAAACGAGACGGUGGACUCCUCUGAGUUUGAAUUCCCGUGUGGCGUGCGUCAGUGUCCAGCCAAGCACACCUGCAGCGACACGUGGAUCGGCCCCAAUGAUGGCAUCACGCAGUUUGACAACAUCCUGUUUGCUGUUCUCACCGUCUUCCAGUGCAUCACCCUGGAGGGAUGGACCACUGUGCUCUACAAUGUUGACGAUGCCUUGGGUCCCAGUUGGAACUGGCUCUACUUCAUCCCGCUCAUCAUCAUCGGCUCCUUCUUUGUCCUGAACCUGGUGCUUGGAGUCCUCUCUGGCGAGUUUGCCAAAGAAAGAGAGAGGGUGGAGAACCGCAGGGCCUUCAUGAAAUUGAGACGCCAGCAGCAGAUCGAGCGAGAGCUCAAUGGUUACCGGGCCUGGAUCGACAGAGCAGAGGAGGUAAUACUUGCUGAGGAAAAUAAGAAUCCCGGACCCUCUGCCCUUGAUGCUCUCAGGAGGCUCCCUGAGUGGAGCACAGGCGGCGCCUAUGUGCUGAAGAGAGCCACCACAAUAAAAAAGAGAGGUAUGGACUCGCCGCAUCGGAGUCCAGGGGAGGAACAAUAUGGCGACAUUUCCUCUGUUGGCAUCCCCAUGGCCAAAGAGAGAUUAAGGAGCCGUAGGCGAGGUCCCGCCGCGUAUUUUCGGCGCAAGGAACGCCUUUUGCGAAUCUACAUUCGACGUGUGGUGAAGACGCACACCUUCUACUGGACGGUGCUGGGCCUGGUCGCUCUCAACACGUUGUGUGUGGCCAUUGUUCACCACAACCAGCCCCUCUGGCUGUCCAACUUCCUGUACUAUGCAGAGUUCUUGUUCCUCGCUCUGUUCCUGACUGAGAUGUUCCUGAAGAUGUACAGCUUGGGCCCCCGCCUCUACUUCCACUCCUCUUUCAACUGCUUUGACUGCAGCGUGAUUGUUGGCAGCAUCUUUGAGGUGCUUUGGGGUGUUUUCAGGCCGGGCACUUCCUUUGGCAUCAGCGUCCUGCGGGCUCUUCGUCUGCUAAGGAUCUUCAAAAUCACAAAGUACUGGGCGUCUCUGAGGAACCUGGUCGUGUCACUGAUGAAUUCCAUGAAGUCUAUCAUCUCCCUCAUCUUCCUCCUCUUCCUCUUCAUUGUUGUCUUUGCUCUUCUGGGCAUGCAACUCUUCGGUGGCUGGUUCAUCUUUGAGGACUACACCCCCGCAAACUUUGAUACCUUUCCUGCAGCCAUCAUGACUGUCUUUCAGAUCCUGACUGGCGAGGACUGGAAUGAGGUGAUGUACAAUGGUAUUCGCUCUCAGGGGAGAGUCAAGUCUGGCAUGUGGUCUUCAAUAUAUUUCAUUGUCCUCACCUUGUUUGGGAACUACACUCUGCUGAAUGUCUUCUUGGCCAUUGCUGUUGAUAACCUUGCUAAUGCACAGGAGCUCACUAAGGACGAGGAGGAAGCCGAGGCUGCUUUCAACCAAAAGCAUGCUCUCCAGAAGGCGAAGGAGGUCGGCCCACUCUCCUCCUUCAUGUCUUCAGAGGGAAGUCGUAGGAGGUGGCCCUACCUAUACAGAAAAAGGGCCAUCCACCGCAGCCGACCCACCUAUUCCUGCUCCCUGGAGGAGGCGCAGGGCAGCAUCAGGGAGGGCCGCCCUCUCCCGCCUCUCAACCCGUCUAAUUCUUUCAUGUCCAGGCGAGAGAGGAGAAAGAGGAUGACCAUGUCCGUGUGGGAGCAGAGGACCAGCCAGCUGCGGAGACACCGCCAGAUGUCCAGCCGGGAGAUUUUGUUCAGCGGCCCCAGCCAGGAGAAGGACGGACCGGCCCCCACGGCCCAGUCCCAACAUGGGCGCCCUCAGUCUCUGCACCGUAGGGUUAUGCAGAGCACUCCACCGGGGGAUUUGAGGUGCAUGGCGGACCCCCUCGUAGAUCCCCUGGCACCACCAACCAAUAAUCAGACCUCCACUGAGAUGUCUUUUGAAGCCGUUCUCUCCGGUGUUAUUCCCGAACCCCCCAUGUCAGCGCUGCCUUCAGACAUAUCGGACCCCUUGAGUAUUACCCCUGAGGAACCCCAUGAAUUCAUACCAGACCCCGGCCUGGACAUUGACGAGAGCCACAACAAGCUCGGCGAGCGGAAGAGCCCCAGGUUGAACGCCGAUCGUCAGCACAGAGCCGUAAAGACGUUCAGACCGCCGGACAAUGGUGACGCCAGAGUGAUCAGGGGCAGGAAGGCGCUGCGUUGUCAUCAGAACGGGGCCAGGAGUCAGGGAUCGUCUCCUCGGAAAGGAAGCCACUCGGCGAGUCGCUCCGUCAGCAGGGAGAGGAGCAAGAUUCCAGCGAAAGUAGAGGAGCGGGAGCUGGAGAGUGACAAGAGAGAGGAGUUUGAUCAUGAGGAGAAGGGGCAGGGUGACCAAAGUGAGUUAGAGGACACUAAGCAACCAGACAACCAUGCCGGUGUCCAAAAGCAGGCAGAGCUCCCUCAGGAAGAAGAAACGUGUCCACUUGCUGUAGCAGAGAGCAACCAAGACUUGGAUAAAUCUCAGCUCAGCUCCAGCGUGAUCGUCCAAAUGCCAAACAUGGAGGCAUCGAUGGAGCUGUCUACCAUCACUGUUAACAGCAAGGACCCUGAAGGCUCCAAGUCUGAGAAGGAGGAGGCUGAAGACAUGAAACCAGUCAACACUGUGCGGCCUGACAGCAUGUUCAUCUUCAAACCAGACAACCUGGUGCGUCGAGCGUGUCACUACGUGGUGAACCUCAGGUACUUUGAAAUGUCCAUCCUGCUGGUCAUUGUCGCGAGUAGCAUCGCACUCGCCGCAGAGGACCCGGUAGCCACCACCUCGGACAGGAACAAGGUUCUGCGCUAUUUUGACUAUGUCUUCACUGGCGUCUUCACCUUUGAAAUGAUUAUUAAGAUGAUCGACCAGGGUCUGAUCCUUCACGACGGCUCGUACUUCCGGGACCUGUGGAACAUCCUGGACUUCAUAGUGGUGGUGGGAGCUCUGGUGGCCUUCGCUCUCACAAAUAACAAAGGAAGAGACAUUAAAACCAUCAAAUCACUGAGAGUGUUACGAGUGCUCAGACCCUUGAAGACCAUCAAGAGACUUCCCAAACUCAAGGCCGUGUUUGACUGCGUGGUGACGUCCCUGAAAAAUGUCUUCAACAUCCUGAUUGUGUACAAGCUGUUCAUGUUCAUCUUUGCCGUCAUUGCCGUGCAGCUCUUCAAGGGGAAGUUCUUCUACUGCAAUGACAUCUCCAAGGACACAGAGAAGGACUGCCAAGGUUACUAUAUAGACUACAGGAAGGACAAGAAAGAGGUGAAGAAACGAGACUGGAAGAGACACGAGUUCCACUACGACAACAUCAUCUGGGCUCUGCUGACUCUCUUCACCGUGUCCACCGGGGAGGGCUGGCCUCAGGUCCUGCAGCACUCAGUGGACGUGACAGAGGAGGACAGGGGGCCUAGCCAUGGCAACAGGAUGGAGAUGUCCAUCUUCUAUGUCAUCUACUUUGUGGUCUUUCCUUUCUUCUUUGUCAACAUCUUCGUGGCCCUCAUCAUCAUCACCUUUCAGGAGCAGGGAGAUAAGAUGAUGGAGGAGUGCAGCCUGGAGAAGAAUGAGAGGGCAUGCAUCGACUUUGCCAUCAGCGCCAAGCCGCUGACCCGUUACAUGCCCCAGAACCGGCACACGUUCCAGUACCGUCUGUGGCAUUUUGUGGUAUCGCCCUCUUUCGAGUACACCGUCCUGGCCAUGAUUGCGCUCAACACCAUCGUACUGAUGAUGAAGUAUUAUUCAGCCCCGCCCGCCUAUGAAGCUGUCCUCAAGCAUCUGAACACAGCCUUCACCGUUCUCUUUUCCAUUGAGUGUGUCCUCAAGAUACUGGCGUUUGGCUUGCUGAAUUACUUUCGAGACACUUGGAAUAUUUUUGACUUCAUCACCGUACUUGGCAGCAUCACCGAGAUAGUGGUGGACUUGCAGUUCGUGGAUACGUUCAACAUGAGUUUCUUGAAGCUGUUCAGAGCAGCGCGUCUGAUUAAGCUGUUGAGACAAGGCUACACCAUCCGGAUCCUUUUGUGGACAUUUGUGCAGUCCUUCAAAGCUUUGCCUUACGUCUGCCUGCUCAUCGCUAUGCUCUUCUUCAUCUACGCCAUCAUUGGCAUGCAGGUGUUUGGCAACAUUAAGCUGAACGAGGAGACGCAUAUUAACCAGCACAACAACUUCAAGACCUUCUCUGGCGCUCUGAUGCUGCUCUUCAGGAGUGCCACAGGAGAGUCGUGGCAGGAAAUCAUGUUGUCCUGUCUGGGGGGGCAGCAGUGUGAGGCGGACCCCUCCAAUUCCUCACCCGUACUAAACACUGAGCAGGAGGCAAUCUGCGGCUCGGACUUUGCUUACUUCUACUUUGUGUCCUUUAUCUUCUUUAGUUCCUUCCUGAUGCUAAACCUGUUUGUGGCCGUCAUCAUGGAUAACUUUGAGUAUCUGACUCGAGACUCGUCCAUCCUGGGCCCCCACCACUUGGACGAGUUUGUCCGAAUCUGGGGGGAGUAUGAUCGGGCGGCCUGUGGUCGCAUCCAUUACACUGACAUGUAUGAGAUGUUGACCAACAUGUCGCCACCCCUUGGCCUUGGCAAGAAAUGCCCCUCCAAGGUGGCUUAUAAGAGACUCGUCCUGAUGAACAUGCCCGUGGACGAGGACAUGUCCGUCCACUUCACCUCCACCCUCAUGGCCCUCAUCCGCACUGCCCUGGAAGUCAAGAUAGCUGGAGGAGGAGAGGAUCGAAAUCAGAUGGAUUUGGACCUUCAGAAGGAAAUCAGUGUCAUCUGGCCUCACCUCUCUCAGAAGAUGUUGGACCUUCUGGUUCCUAUUAACAAAGCUAGUGACAUGACCAUAGGAAAGAUCUAUGCCGCCAUGAUGAUCAUGGACUACUACAAGCAGAGCAAAGCCAAGAAGCUCCGACAGCAGCUGGAGGAACAAAAACACGCGCCCAUGUUCCAGCGUAUGGAUGCUUCCUCCUUGCCUCAGGAAAUCCUAUGCAAUGCCAAAUCGCUGGCCUUUCUCAGGCACAGUGCAGGAUCAGCUCUCACCAAAGGGGGCUUUGUGGCCCUCAGCCCCAUCUCCCCCCAAGAUAUGUUCCUGCAGCCGCGGCCUCACUCCGGGGAGGAAGAGGAGAACGAUGAUUACUACCCACCCUACCACCCUUAUCACUUCCCUCACCACCACCACUACCAUUUAGACACACUGGUGCCCGAAGUCGUAGAGUAUAACCAAGUGACACAACAGUCAAGGCCAGAGCCAGCAGUUCUCAAGUCACCUCAGCGCACGUUAUCCAUCAGAGCGUCCUCGAUGCCCAGACUGGCUGUGGAGCCGCAGCCUGGAAUGUCAGCGGACAGAAAGCCGAUGAAGCGCUCCUUUUCCACCAUCGGCGACCAGUGUGUGAAUCGCCUGUGGCAAGAACAACAUUCCCUGGAGAGAAUCAGCCCUGACAGCACCUACAGACUUCGACAGCAGAACUAUAGAGGGCCUAGAAUCAAUCAAAGUAGUCAUGAAAGGGGGCGGUCUAAAGAACGACGCCACCUGCUGUCUCCAGACAUGUCCCGCUGUAAUUCUGAAGAGCGCAGCCGAGACCCGUCAUGCGAGACGAGACGCUCCCUCUCGCCUAAGGAAGGACGUCCUCACUCCUUACAGAGACAGGUCAACACAUCAGGCAGUCCUACCCAUUCGGCCUCAGAGUCCAGCAUCCCUCGUAAUCGGCGCCAGCUCCCACAGACACCCUCUCGCCCUCGUCCUCACAUCUCGUACUCCCCCCUAGUGUGUCGAGACCACGCCCCCACCGGAGCAGCAGCCUCUUCGCCGGGACACCCCCUGCAUUCAGACAGCCCGGCGCCCUCCGAGCAGGCCCAGUCCUCCUCGUGUCAGGCGUCCGGCCCGAGCCAUCCGUCUCCCCACCGUUACAUCUCAGAGCCCUACCUUCCGUUUCACGAGGACCUCAGGGGAGGCCAAACGGGCGAGUGGCAAGAACAUCUCACUUUUGAGACCGCCGUGGCGACCAGUUUGGGACACGCCAACGCCAUUAGCUCGGCCCCUCAGCUCAGACACUCCUGGCAAGUCCCGAAAGGACAUUUCGGAAAGAACUUGGCGCAGGCUAGCCCAGCCGGCACCAUCGAGCCGCUGAGCGACGAAGACGACCGCUGCUAAAGGAAAACAGGAAGUCCACGUACAGGAUGAGCGGACCUCGUAGUGGCGCCACUACUCGCUUUUAUCUGCUUUAUGACAACUUCUCUUGUCACUGCAAGUAGCAAUACAGGCGGAACUAAAUACCACUGCCAAUUAUCAGCACUGUUUGCUGUCCGUCUCUACUUGCUGUGUAUUCUUACUGUGCGUAGAGCAGGGGUGUCAAACUUGUUUGCUUCACGGGCAACUUAUGGUUGCCCUCAGUGGGGCCUGUUCUAAUGGUGAAUCCGGCGGGCCGUGCAUUUAGUACCAGGGCCUUCAGUGGGGACUUACCCAACAUAAUUCACCUCUUACUCCCACCACUCUAACGUUGCAUUUAAAGAAACCAUCAAUACACAAACGCAAUGUAACAGUGGGCAACUGCGCCACAUGCAUAUAUCUAUUAAUAUGACAAAAACAUGCAAUUAAAUUAGUUACAUCAUACUAACCUGAGACGCUACCUAUUAAAUCUAUUCAUGUAUGCAGAGCGCUACAGCCAUGUUUUGCUAGUUGAAAUUGGCUAUUACAAGUUUUGCUCUGACCAACCAAUCAGAGGACCUACAAAUGCUGAUGUCAUUGAGGGCCAGCUACCUGGCCCUGUGAGGCGUAUUUGCCAUCUGAUUGGUUCAGGAAACCAACCCAUGGCUAAUAGAGAUUCAAUUUCCUCUCAUUUCACCAGCACUACGUAUUCUGGAGGCCCUGGGCAGAUUAGAUGGACAUGGCAGCACAUAAUAUAACAUCCACACACACGUACUGGAAGCAGUGCAGCCAAGAGAAAUGCUACAAAAUGAGGAGAAUAGACGGUUGGGAAUAAAUUAAUACAAAUGUUGGAGUUUAGGUUGUAAAUGUACGUCAAUGCUUCUGAUAGUGUUUAGGCCAGGAGAGAAGGCCUUACUGAAACCGCCUAGAGACAUAAUGGUUAUAAAAAAAAAUUGAAAAAGCAAUUCCGUACCUGCUUAGGUUUUAAGUUCACAGUUCGGUUCGUACUGGGCACAAUAAAGGAACAGAAUGCAAAACAGAGGAACAGAUGUGUCAUGUAAAAUGAAACAACAUUUGAAAUCUUUUUAGUAAUAGGCAUUAUCAAUUGUUUUGUCUUCUUUUUAGAAAAUGAAGGCUGCAGACAAGUACAACAGUAGCAGUUUGAAUGAUUAUGCUAUAGAAACAUCAGUAAUGGGAUUUAUUAAUGCUUUGGCUCUGUCUGAAGAGGCUGUUUAAACACCCCUGGAGGCUGUGUUUGUACUGCGCUAGUAAUUUAAAAAAAACAAAAACUUUUGGCUAUCCUUAGCCAGAAACUGAGCUGUUUGUUUACAGAUUAGGCAUUUGGCAAGAGUUUGAGGCAGUUACACUUCUUGUCCCUCACCUACUAUGUUUUUAGUGAGAACCCUACUAAUCGCACCGUUAUAUUUAAUAGUUGCCCCUGCAUUUGGUUGUUAUCAGUUUUAUGGCUAGUUUGGAACAGAAGUCAAGGAGAAUUUGUGGUAAUCUUUCACGGCCCGCGAGUUUGACACCUGUGCCCUACACUUUUGCAGUUACAACUGGGAGGACUUCCCACUUUUCAGCUCACAAUUUCUGUUCUAGUUUAUUCCAAAUGAUGGUGGGGUAAUAUUCUUCCACACUUAACACAUCGAAGCUUGUCUUUGCCUUUGCGCACUGGGAACUUAGAGGGGCCUUCUCCAAACUGUACCCACAAACCGUCGAAUUGUCCAAAAAUAUAUUUGGAAGAUUUAAAAUAAUAGACCUAGCCUAAUCUCUGAUUGAUGAAUUAAUAUUUUAAGCAGUUCAAAGUAUUUUGUUUGUAAAAGUGAAGACAGUGAUCCAAAUUGCAUUGUGUGGAUGUAAACGUAGAGGUAGCACGUAAAAGCCCUGCAAUCCUCUGAAUGUAAUGUAGCUUUGAAGAAGAAUCAUCUUUAUGAUCAUCAGUAUGUGUAUUUUGAUGACAUUUGUCCUCUGCAUUUACCCAAUCACUGUUGUCGACAUUUAGCACCCAGGGCACAGUUCAGGGGAUUAGUGUCUUGCUCAAGGACACCACAGCUGUGGGUACGGGGGGUUUGGUGGGAGUGGAUGGUCCAUUGCUGCAUCUUCUCAAGGUCCGUUUGGCCGCGCUUGACGAAUCUGAGGGGUUUUUUUUCCCCACAUUCACACACAUUCUGGUGGUCGAUGACUUAAACUGGGAUCCCCAGGGUGAUCCUAACGGCGAGCCUAACCACUUGGUUACAGGUGCCCCAAAAGCAGUUAUGCAUUUGCUGGGAAUCAAAUCCAGGACCCCUGUGUGGAUCUACCGACGCUCAUUCUUUGAAUGUUUAGGGAAUUUGGUGAAUGUUAUUCUUUCGGGCAACAGUCAUUUAGGAGGAAUCCCAGCUUCCGCAUAACUGGAUCAUGUAAACAUACAGUAACAGUAUUUUGUCAUUUCCACAUGCAUAGUGAAGGUGAUGCCACCUUAAUGUAUUGGUGCUGGUAAACACUUCUGGGUUGUUGCUUUUUUUUUUUUUUUUUUUUUCCAUUUCAUACCACAUCCCAACACUGUUUAAAAGUUGUGUAUUGAUUAUCACAUUCUGUAGGUGUCACUAUAACUUGAAUUUGUGUCUAAAAUGUGAACACGAGACUGUGCGAGAAGGAGAAUCCACAAGCUAAAGAAAAGGAUGCUGGAGUUCAUAAACUUAAUAUCUCGAAUGGAAAAUAAAUGGUACAUUUAUCCUGCACAUAUAGGGUACAUCUUCAGCCAGUAGAGCAAAUAGCUGUCCAAUUAACCUUAGGCCAUGUACACACCGACAGCGGGUAUUUUUUAAUAAAUGUACAUUCGUUUUGUUUGUUUUGGCAUAUUGUACACACACAAACUGUGUUGAAGGUCACUCACAAUGGACUAAUGUGCCAUAACUUUCCAAAACUAUUUUUGAGCCUUGUGUACACAAUGUCAAUGAUUAAAUCUUUAAAAAUGUCCUUGAAUUUUUUAUUUAUUUUUUUAUUUUAUUUUUUUUUUAAGUUUUUCAAUGUGACCCUGAUCCUUCCCCCUGAGGCUAUUUGUCUACCGCUGUACAUGUAUGAAUUUUUUUUCCAUACUUGUUCAUUUUGUUUGCUUUUUAAGCUAAAAUUGGCUGUAAUUGCCUUACAGUUUGGAGUUGUGGUGCCACCUGUGGCUUUGCCAUGCUCUUAACAGCCUGCCAAUGCAUUGCAGUUAAUAUGGAACGCAUUAUUCAUAAAAUGUUUUCUUUUAUUUUAAAUUUUUUUUUGCUUGAGUUGCUGUUGUUGUUUCUGUGCCUUUUUUCUGGAGAUGACUUUCUUCAGGCUUCUAAUUGGCCCAAUUGGCCUCGGAGUUAGGGGUUAAAGUGCCACCUGCAGUUUUUGGCAUGCUCUUAACAGCCCAAGAAGGCUUUUUCACGUUUGGCUGUUUGUUUUCCUUAAUUGGCCAUAGCUGUUUAUGUAUCUUUUCUGGAAAUUACUUCUUCAAGGUUCUAAUUGUCUAAAAUUGUCUUGUACUUUGGGAUUAUAGUGCCACCUGUUGCUUAGGCAUGGCACUAACAGCAUGAGAAUGUGUUUAUUUGGGUAAUUGUCUUUUUCUUUUUUUUUUUUUCUUUUCUUUUUGGAAUCGUGUGGUGUGAAAAGAAAAUAUUUCAAAACAAAAAUGACCCGUGUAUGCGUGAACAUAGCCUUACUGUCAGUGUAUACAUAACAGCCUCAUCUGUGCCUCAUGGGAACAUUUGCCCAAAAUAGUUGCCGCUCAACCCAAAAUUUCCUCAAUAAGAGAGAUUUUGUCUUGAAUAUGUUGUAUAAAGUGGACAAAAUAAAUCUAUGUAGAGUUCAUGUCUGAGUUCAGUCACGAUGCUCGUUUGACGUUGACUCAAGUGUGUUUACAUGAUCAUUAAAGAAAGAUCAUUUGUCUUUU